AUGGCGCCUGAGACUUUGACUUUCAUGCCAAAUGGCGAUGUCACCUUGAUCCUUACCCGCUAUGUUAUGAAAGAGGUGGAAGAACAGAGGUCGAUCGAAGAAGAUGGGCCACAGGAAGCCGCAUCCGGAGUCGAGCCUGAAGCACCCGCAGAGCCCGAAGAGCCCGAAGAGAGUGUUCUGUUUUUCGCCCCUGAUCCUCCUGGGAGCGAGAAUGGCCCCUUCUACCCUCCACCACCGAGAGCAUCGCGCGGGUCUGAUGCCUCCUCACGGCGCGAUCGCUCCCCGAGUCCUCCCGCUUCUUUUUGGGCCUCCUUGAAGAGACAACAAGCAGCGAGGGUGAUUGAACCUAGCGAAGAUGAACAACCCGUGACCCCACCAGUACGCGCAAAGAAGCCAGAAAGAAUUGUUAUAUCGAGUCACGAGGUCCAUUGCGUUGUCUCAUCGAGGCACAUGAUGCUCGCAUCUCAACAUUUUCAGAAGAUCUUGAGCGGCAAUUCCAACGAGGCGAUCACCCUUCAUACCAAAGGGCACGUCACGAUUCCACUUUCGGACGACCUGGAUACUAUGAUUAUUUUGCUGAAUAUUAUUCACGGAGCCAGUAGGAAAGUUCCACGUCAAGUUAGCCUUGAAGUACUCAGCAAACUUGCGGUUCUGGUCAGUAGAUAUGAAUUUCUAGAGACUGUGGAGUUCUUUUCGGACACUUGGAUCGAAAAUCUCCAGAGAGAGGGGCUUCCCAAAUCGUAUAAUGAGAAUGUGCUUCCAUUGCUCUUCGUAUUCUGGGUAUUCAACAGGCCUUCUGAGUUCAAGGACAUGUCCCGACUUGCCCAAUGGGAAUGCACCGAGGAACUGGACCAAGAUGUGGGGGAUGUUCCAAUUUCACACAGUAUCGUCGAUGCAAUCAAGAAAGGUCGAGAAUUUGCGAUUGAGACUGCCAUCAUGGUCAUUCAUACGCUCAUCAACAGGUACAUGGUUGGUGAAACUGUUUGCGACGGUUCCCUGGACGAUGAGCUUAAAUACGCCUGUGAUUCUAUGGUAUUGGGAUCCUUGAUGAAGAGCUCACGCAAGAUCGGCAUCUGGCCUAAGCCCGAGGCACCAUUCAACGGCAGGAGGUUCAAAGAUCUCGCCCGCGCCAUUCGAAGUAUCAAGGUCUUGGAUGUCUGUAAGAAGGGAAGCAACCAAAGAUGGAAUUUGUAUGGUCCAUCAUCUAACUGCCAUGGACUGGAGGACUCGAUUGAGACAUUGAUGAAAUCUAUCGAGGCUGGUUUGGAUGGAUUGGAGCUGUCUGAUUACACGAAGAAAAGUGAGGAUUAUACGUCCGAAAUCCAAACCUCUCUUCUCGCACCUUCAAAGGACGAAUUGAAGGAGCAAACGAAAGAGGAUUCGAGAGAGAAUUUUCAAGUCUGCAUGAAAGAGGAAGUCGUAGAGGCGCCGAAAGAAGAGGUGAAAGUCCCUCAAAGAGAAUACUCGGUACCGGAAUCUAGACCCUCGACACGCGUCGACUCCAAGGAGGUGAAAGAGCCUGCGAAAGAACAAGAACAGACGAAAGCGGCUCCAAGAGAGUAUUCGAGGGAGUCCUUGAAAGCGGAAGCCCCAGCAAGAGCCAGUUCCCGAGAAGUAGAUGUGCCUGCGCAAGAGGAGGUGAAAGAGGCCCCAAUACAGUACUCGAAAGAUUUCCAACAACCGAGAGAGUAUUCGGGGGAGACCUUGAAAGCGGAAGUAGGGGCCCCAGCGAGAGCCAGUUCCCGAGAAGUAGAUGUGCCUGCGCAAGAGGAGGUGAAAGAGGCCCCAGUACAGUACUUGAAAGAAUUUCAACAACCGGAAACACGAGUCUCCCCAAGUGUCAGUCUCCAGAAAGUGGAAGAGCCUGUCAAAGAAGAGGUGAAAGAGACUCCGAGAAACUCCCCGAGACAGGAAGCGAAAAUGCCCGCAAAGGUGAUUGCAAAAACGGUAGACGAGCCACCGAGAGAAGAAGUGAAGCCGGCACUGAGCGAGGAGGUGAACGUGCUCGCGGAGAGGAAACUCACCCGGACCCCUUCUUUUCCGAAAACCCUGAGCGAAGAGGUUAGAUCGCCCGUGAGAGAAUUUCAACUGGCACCGAAAGUGGCCUCCAUGGAGGAGGUGAUUGAGCAGGUACCGCAUCCUACGAAAGAAGAAGUAAAGUCGUCAACGGUCGAGGUUAGAGAAACUGUGAACGCGGCCUCGACCACGACUAAGGCGGAAGAUAUGUGGGCCCCGCCCAAGAAUUUCAAGCUGAGGAAGUCGAAGAAGACGUUCUCAACGAGGUACUGA